AUGCGUGCGUCCCAGCCCUCGCGGGUAGUCCUCCCGCGGUCUUUUGGCUCCGCCUUCUCUCCCCCACAUCUCCGGAACCCCGCCUCUCCCCGGCGCUCUCUGGGUUCUGGCUUGGCUAGUGUCCCUAGUAAACUGCGGUUUUGGAUUGGAGACCCCAUGGCUGGUUCACGUUUGCUGCUUGCAUCCCUAUGCCUUGGGAAUGAUGGAAAUUCUUUCCCGCUAAUUCUUUCCAGACCAGACGACUGUGGGAGUCGCUCCACAAUCCACAAGUCCCAGGUUCUGGAUUAUGUUCCAUGGCAGCGGUCCAAGCAGAAACUCAAGCAAUCCACUGUGCUUCCAGUCCUACAUACCAGUGGCCAUAAGAAAAGCAAAACUGAGUCUAGGAAUAGCAACCAGCCAGGAUAUUCCAAGCCCACCAUGUCGACAAGCUGGCUGAGGAAUCCGCGAGAACUGCACAAAGGGAACUUGGACUCUGGGAAGACCAAGUUCCGGCUAAUGAGGACGUUGCUCCGGAACCGGCAGAACUCACUCCAGGAGCUCCGCCACCAGGAGGAGUUUCUCACCAACCUCAAUCAGGAGAUGAUCAAGACCAUCCAGGACAUGGAGGAUAGCUCAGCCCUGAAAAUGCGAGGGAUGCUGCAGCAGCAGGAAAUCUUUGGGACCAUCAUCAACAUCUUGGGGUACUCAAACAAGAAGAAGCUGCAGAAGAUGACGUGUGAACUGCAGGAUUGGAAGGAGAAGGAGGAAUCCAAGAUGAGCUACCUGAAGCAGCAGGUGGAGCAGCUGAAUGCCAAGAUCAAGAAGAUCCAAGGGGAAGUGAACUUCUUGAGCACUUACAUGGACCAUGAGUAUCCUGUCAAGUCGGUCCAGAUUGCCAGCCUUGAGCGCCAGCUGCAGCAGGUGAAGAACAACCGGCAGGAUGAGUUGGAUGACUUUAAUGAGAUGCGCAAAAUGGUCCUGGAGUCUUUGUCUAAUCAGAUUCGGAUGAAGAGAGCAAAGCUCCUGAGCUCUCUGGUGGCGAAAACCCAGCAACCCAGGCAGGAGGUUCUUCUGCAGAAGUCCUGGGAAAACCAGAUCAUGGCGAAAUGCACAGACAAGUUCCGAGAAUUUGUCGACCAGUAUGAGGAGGAAAUACCCACAUUGAGGGCCGAGGUGGAACAGCUCCAGGUCCAGAUCCAGGAACCCCGAGAGGUCGUGUUUGCAGACGUUCUCCUUCAGAGACCCAAGUGCACCCCAGACAUGGAUGUCACCCUCAACAUCCCUGUGGAAGAGCUGCUACCCUUCUAGAUGGCAGGGCCAUGGCCGCCCUUCCUCCCUGCCCUCCUCCCCACAGCGGGAGCCUUGAGUCCAAGGUCUUCCAA